AUCUGAAAAGAGUGUAUAUUUGUACCAAAAAUAAUCUUAUUACCCGAUUCAAUCCAAAUAUUUUGAAUACAAUUAGUUAUACGACGACACAUCUUAAAUAUAUAACACUAAUGAUAAAAUAACAAAUAAUUUAUAAAACCGUAAAAAUUAACACCCGCACGGGCGUGCGGGUCAAUCUCUAGUAUAUAGUUAAACAUCGUUCGACCCAAUAAAACAAUUUGGAAAUUCAACGACCACAACUAAAUAACGAUAAAACUCUGGUCGUCGAAAAAUAAAAUUCUAGGUCAUCAUCUAUUAUUUCAUAUAGGACAAUAUAAUAAGUUUAUUUUAAAAAUAAUAUAAAAUUUGACUUAAUAAACUGACCCACUUCAGUGCCCCCACGACAAUAUAUCAUAUGAUUAUGAACUUAUGAUUCGUGUUUCUCUAUAUAUACACACUCAAGUAGGCAUAUAAAACUACAAACAUCUGGGAGAGCUCUAAAACUGCCUACCAAGAUCAUUCACCAUCAACAACACCAAAACUCUUACAUUUUCUUUGUUUUUUCCCUUUAGAUUGAUUUCUUUAAUAAUGUCUGAAAGAGGGAAAGUGAAACCGGAGCCAAUGAAAGUUGUGUUCAUUAACACACAAUACGUUGAAACAGAUACACGUAGCUUCAAGACUGUUGUUCAAGAACUCACCGGUAAGGAUGCCAUCGUAGCCCCCGGUCCUUUCGAGUCUCCAUCCACUUCCGACGUCCGUUGUUACGGUGGAGGUAGUAAAAUAGUCGAAGAUUCCAGACGGAGCAAUGGCGGUGGAGGAGAAGUGGGGACGACGACUGAGUUUGAUAGAUUUUUCAAGGAGAUGCCUCCAAUGGAGGAGUUGUAUAAACUAUGGUCAGAUAAUUGAGUCAUUGAACUCUACUAAGAUAAUGUCGAUUUAAUCUUCGUUUUGUUCUCAAAUAAAAAAUAUUGCUUUCAUCCACUUCGUAUAUGAAUUGCAUUAAGUGGAUCGUUACACCCUGAGAUUGCGAAGAUUAUAUUUUUGGAAAGUGUAAUAUAUAUGAAUUGCAUUAUAGUACUACCGCCCAUUUCUCCGAGUUCUCUACGGGCUUAGAGCUUA